GCUGCGUUUACAUCGUUUCGCGCUGUCAAUGUCAUCAACCAACUGCCGUGCUUUCGUUCUUUCUCUUCCGGGCAGUGUACCGAACCGUAUUGACACAUUUCGCCAAGAUGUUCAUGCCAAAAGCGCAUCGCGUCGCCAUCUACGAGUACCUCUUCAAGGAGGGUGUGCUGGUAGCGCAGAAAGAUUUCUACGCCCCGAAGCAUCCAGAGCUGGAGAACAUCCCGAACCUGCAUGUCAUCAAGACGAUGCAGUCGCUCAAGUCGAAGAACUUCGUGAAGGAGCAGUUCGCCUGGCGCCAUUACUAUUGGUAUCUGACCAACGAGGGUAUUGAGUAUUUGCGUGCGUACCUGCAUCUGCCGGCAGAAAUCGUGCCGUCGACGCUGAAGCGAGCGGCCCGUUCGGAACCACAGCGCGCCCGCACCCAAGCUGGUCCCCGUCCGGAAGGUCCGAAGAGUGGCGAGGAUCGUCAGGCGUACCGGCGCAUGCAGCAGGCGGCUCCGGCCGAUAAGAAGGGUGAUGUCGGUGUUGGUACCGGCGAGCUAGAAUACCGUGGUGGAUUCGGUCGUGGUAACCGUAUGUGAAUGUGCGCGGUGAUCACAACACACAACACCCAACAACAAUCAAUCGUCGGUUAGUUCGUCUUUGCUGUAAUCGCGUCGAAGGAUAUACUGUUUGAAACUGCUCGGUGCGCAUAAUGCGAUUGAAUGUCGAGCAGGACGUGAUGGUGGCGGUUAACUAAAGCUUAACACUACCGAGAGCGUCUUAUACAAGUGCACGAUAAUUUUUUUUUUGUUGCGAUUGCAAUUCAUUUUGUUUUCAUGUAAAGACAAACAAGAAAACGUUCUUCGAUUAAUAAAAGGCAAGACGAACUGGUA